AGGUACCAAUAGUUGACAAUACCGUGCAUUUAACUCUGUGGAGAAAUAAUAAAGUUAAUUACGAAUAAAUUGAUGUGAAUGUCAUUAUAUAGUAAAGUAUACUUGGACUAAUAGUUUCUUUCUUGUAUUAAGUAUGGACGAAAACUACAGUCCUCCUACAAUCGAUAUUCCAAAUAUUCCUAAACAUCUAUGUAUUACUGGAAGUUGGGUAAAUAGUAGCAGAAUCAGUAUAUAUAUGAAUAAACAAUUUCAAAGUUCAACUAAAAAAAGUUCAAAGAAAUAUGAGCCAACGGUACAUAUUUUAAAGCCAGAAGUAAUUCUGUUUUCUCCACAAUUACGUAAAUUAGUAAACGAAAGUAAUGGUGUCUUUCUGUCCAUUCAAAAAAUAAAAUCUUCUGGAGAUGUUAGACCAGAACUUUUAAAACAUAGCAAGCAAUACAGGUCUAUUUUAAGAGCAUGUAUAGAAAGUUUGCAAGAUAUAUGUGGAAAAUGUUUGACUGAUAAAAAAGAAUCACUAGAAAAUUUUCUGACCAUUUUUUAUCAAAUAGAAUGUAUAUGGCACUUGAUCGAAAUCCUUUAUGUAGAUAUAAUACCAGGUGAUGUAGUAUUACCACAAUUGUUAGAAUGGAUUAGAUUUCACUUUCCAUCUAGAGAACUUGUAGCAGUUAAAAUAUUAGCUCAGAAGACAAUCGGUGCUGAUUUGGAGUAUCCAAAUUAUUGGGAAGCUGUAAUAGGCUGUGCAUUACACGGAAAGUUAGAUUUAGUAAGAGCUUUAUUAGCAUUACAUAGCAAAGCAGAUCACCCUGCUUUCGUAAUGGCAGAAAAUAUUCUUAAAACAAUGCCCAUCUAUAAUGUGUAUGGCGGUUAUUCUAUAGAUGGAUUUACUACAUGUUGGAAACGUUGGCAACUAGAGUUGUGUUCAAAUUUAAAUAGUAAAACUUUUAUCGUUGAUACAUACUUAGAAAUGAUCAUGAAGUUAAUUGCAGGAGAACAAGAUAUAUUGUGGCAAUUUUCACAAUAUACAGAUGCUUGGUAUGAACUGUUGGCAGCAAAGUUAUUUUAUACUUCUCCAUGUUGUAAGCAACCUGAACUUUCUCAUCAUGCUAAUAGUAUUUCCAAAAGAUGGCAAGCUAAUAGACCUUCUGAUAAUGCUAUACGUGCUGUUAUGGAAAGCAACUUACACCAUGUUAUUAAAGAAAUACAAUAUAUGGGUGAUAAUGGAUGGUUUGCUACUCAUUUGGUAGAUCUAUUAUAUGUUUGUGGAAAACUUAAAAUAUUGGAUAGGGAUCAAAUAAAAGUUAGCAGUCAACUUCAUGAAUCUCUUAUAUUGGAAUAUGGGAGCACAUUAAUGGCACAUCAUUCUUUGUGGCAAUGUGGUGCAAGUUACUUAAUACAUUGUCCUAUUCAAGGCUUAGCUAGACUAGAAAUACUGCUACAGUCACUUCCAAUGGGGUCAGAAGCAAGAGUAAAUAAAAUUCUUGAUAUAGCACGAGAUAAUAAGAUGGAUCAUAUAGUUACUAGCAUUUGUAAAAUUCAAGGACUAAAAUCUAUGAGGCAAGGAAGAUUGGGAAAUGCACUUGCAUGGGCAUUAAAAGCGCAAGAUAGUGGUUUUAUAACAUAUAUUGCAGAUCAGUUUUUGAAGCGUUAUGCAGAACACGGAGAAUUGGAUUGUCGUGACUUAUUAGAAAAUUUAGGUUUUUGUAUGAUGGCUAGUGAUAGACUCACAUUCUUGGGAAAGUAUUGCGAAUUUCAUCAAAUGUAUAGCAUUGGAGAAUUUAAAGAAGCAGCAAGUUUAUUAGUGUCCCUUUUAGUUUCAAAUUUAACACCAAAAUACUUUUGGUCGAUUCUUUUAUCGGAUGCUAUUCCAUUAUUAGAAGCCAAAGAUGUAAUUUUAUCUUCCAGUGAUUGUUUUGAAUUAUUACGUUGUGUAGAAGCACAUGGAGAUGAUCUAAAGUUUCAAAAUAAAAUUGAAAUCUUCCGACUAGCCGUUGCUAGGAACCUAGCUCGAGCAUUGAGUCUUGAAGGCUGCCAAGUGGAACAUUAGAAGAUUUAUUAUCAAUUUAUUAUAUUAAAGAAUUUUUUAAUUUUUUAAUUAAAAAAGAAUUUCCAUGCAUAAUCAUCGAUGUAUCCCAUUAAAUCACAGUACAUCUUCUUAAUAUUAAAAAUUUAACGAUAAAUCUUGUAAAUAAAUAUUUUUACAUAUACGAUUUUUACGUACGAUUAAAAUUAUUUAUAACAAUGACAAUGGAUUUCAUUAACAUUUCAAUCUCAAAUAUGAUUUUUUUUGCUGUUGUUAACACUAUUUCGUUGUGAUAAACAUCUAAUAAGAAAUAGAUUUUUAAUAGAAUAUAUAAAAUUCUAAUAAAAAGUAAAAGUAAAUUUCCAAUAAAAUAUGAAUAUAUUAGUAGUAGUUGUAGUAAUAGAAUACUAUUAUUAAUAUUUAUUCAUAUACAUAUAAGAAACUAUAAAAAUAUUACAUGUAAAAAUUCAUUGGUUUUCACACAUCUGAUAUUGGGACCAAGGUUUAUUCUCACUUAUAACUAACAUACACAAUAUUGAAUCAUAUUUUAAUACAUACCAAAUUACAUUAAUUCUUCAAGACGGAUAUAAUUUCAAAUAAUCAUAUAAAAAUACAAAUAAUCUUAUUAUCUUAAAGUAUAAUAUGCACUAUUACAAAAAAACUUACAUAAAAAUUUGCAAUUUGUGUAUCUACAAAAAAAGAUUACAUAUUCUAACUUAAAUAAUCUAUUCAAUGGUAGUAAAAGUAAUUGCAUAGUGCUACCCAUAUAGUGCUAUUAUCAUGCACUAUAUGUAAUGUAAUCAAUUGAUAAAAAAAGUCAGUAAUCACGUUACGUAAUAUCAGACAUAAUACCACAAACGCGGUAUACAGAGGUGUAUCACUCAACAUAGGUGUAAUAAUAUAGGUUUUUCGAGGUCAAUAUAGCUUGUAUUAUCAUUUUCGUAUAAUUUCCAAUGUUACCGAUUUUUAACAUAGAUUUCAACAUUAGUAACAGAUAGAAUUAAAAUUAAAUCUGAUCAUAAAAUAUUACAAACAAGACAUAUAUAUAUACAGUACGUGUACAUAAAAAUUAAUUAAUUGAUUAACAUAAUUGUAAGCAGAAAUGUAAAAAAAGUACAAAAAUCAUGUAUUUUGUAGCUUUUUAGAUAACUUAUUUUUACAAAUCUGGUUUUACAAAUAUUUACCUUGUGCAUCCGAAAUUUGAAUAAAUUUUACGUAAAAAAGGAAAA